AUGCAGGUCUACUGGAAAGCUCCUAUCAAUCUUGGAAGAAAGUGGAUGUACCGGAUGGUGGUUGGUACUCUCUGGAAGAAGGAACUUCUGAAGAAAAUUGAGGACAAAACUGGUGUGAAGGCUGGGGAAAAGGAUAUGUAUUACUCUAAGAAUGCGGCUAUUCAUACUGUCAGCUUGGAAAGGCGAAGAAGGAAAACUAAUGGUCUCGAGUGCCAGAAUGGAAGUCUUGCACGUCCAAACAGUUCAAUGAGCAUUCUUGGAGUUCUUUUUGGCAAUCAAACUUCGCUAACUGAUUUGGAUGAGAAAAACAAGGAAGUAGACUCUGACAAUACCCUGAUGAUAGAGGACUGCACCAGAUGGCCAAAAGAGGUGGUGCUAUGGAAGGAAGUAAUACCAAGGCAGGAGGAGCUGAUCCCACUGCUGUAUCUUCCCGAUGGAAGAAAACUUUGGGAGUUCUCUCGGAUAAACAGACAAGAGGCCAUCACAACCAGACAACUCAUAAAAAUGCGCCCUGCACAAUCGACUGCAUUGCAUAGUUCAUCAUAA